ACAAUAAAUAAAUCGGAUCCACCCUUCCCAACCAUCUGUCAUCUCUGAAUUGGACCUCAUAUUUUCUAUAUUUUCUCAAUAAAUUCUCCACCAUUUUUAUCUUCCUCCAUUUUCGCUACUCCAAUCUGUACCUUACUUUCUCUCUCUUCCCCCAUAACAUCCGAUUGUGAAAAUGACAGCUGAUUCGUCAAGGGAAGAAAAUGUGUACUUGGCCAAGUUGGCUGAGCAGGCUGAGCGCUAUGAGGAAAUGGUGGAGUUCAUGGAAAAAGUUGCAAAGAUGGCAGAUGCUGAGGAAUUAACUGUGGAGGAGAGGAAUUUAUUGUCUGUAGCUUACAAGAAUGUUAUUGGUGCAAGGAGGGCUUCUUGGAGGAUUAUUUCCUCUAUUGAACAGAAGGAGGAAAGCAGAGGAAAUGAAGACCAUGUUGCUACCAUUAAGGAAUACAGGGGUAAGAUUGAGACUGAGCUUAGCAAGAUCUGUGAUGGGAUUUUGAAUAUCCUCGAGUCACACCUCAUCCCUUCAGCUUCCUCAGCUGAGUCUAAGGUCUUCUACCUUAAGAUGAAGGGUGACUAUCACAGGUACCUUGCUGAGUUCAAGACUGGAGCUGAGCGCAAGGAGGCUGCUGAAAAUACCCUUUUGGCCUACAAGUCUGCUCAGGAUAUUGCUCUUGCUGAAUUGGCCCCAACUCAUCCAAUUAGGCUUGGGCUUGCUCUUAACUUCUCAGUCUUCUACUAUGAGAUUCUGAAUUCACCUGACCGUGCCUGCAAUCUUGCAAAACAGGCUUUUGACGAGGCUAUCUCUGAACUCGACACAUUGGGAGAGGAGUCAUACAAGGAUAGUACAUUGAUCAUGCAGCUUCUGCGAGACAACUUGACUCUUUGGACUUCGGACAAUGCGGAGGAGGGUGGUGACGAGAUCAAGGAAGCUGCAGGAAAACGUGAAUCAGGCGAGGGUCAGCCACAGUAGUGAUAAGUUGGAGAUUAUGCUUUGUAUUUUGAGCAUGAAACUCCAGUAUAGUAGCUAGGUUUAUUAGAUUCAUAUCGUCUUUAGUCUAAAGUACCGGUCCUACCUCGAUUUAGUCAUCUCUUUUCAUCUUAGACUUAAGCGGCCUUACGCCAUGUUAAUUUCUAUGUUCGAUGUGUGAGUUUUAGUUGCAAUUCAACCUUUGUCAUGGGCAGAAAGGGAGUCACGAGGCACGACUCACAAAGUAUUUGAUUUUUGCAGUAGUCUUAGAGGUUUUGUGUACUCAUGUUAUUGUUUGCUUAUGUUAAAAGUAUUUAAUAAUGGUUUUGUUU